AUUUGCUUCUGCAGCAGGUGAUCGAGCGUCCCCCGAAAACCUGACGUCAAGACGAACUGUGAAGACUCUGGUGCUCUGGUAACAGAUGAGGCUAGGGACAUCGUGCCGGUAGCUCCAUCUGCGUUUCAAGCUGGAACCUACCGCAAAAGCAGCCCACAGCUGUUUCCAAGCGCACUCGCCUGAUGGUAUCAGGUAGUAAAAAGAGAUGAGCGCGCUAUCGCUCCCUUUCUUCCCACGGCAGCAUAGAAGGAACGUCUUCAGAUCAAAAAGGCUUUGGGUACAGGCGGCUUCGACGCAGAACGACGAGUCUCUUUUGGCUCCGAGCUUUUAACUGCUAUCUGGUUAUAUUCAUUUAGACCGGCAAGAUAUGUUCGGAAACAAAUAGUGACUUUGUCAUUUUUUUUCAGGGAAGAGCACUUGUUACUUUUUUUCUUGGCAAUCGUGUACCACUUCGAAGAAAUCCUUCUUUAGUGUUAUAAUACGAGCUUUUAGCGCACAGGUGUGUGAUAAAGAAGAAUACAUAGAACCGUAGGGAUUUGAAGGCAGAAUGGUGGCAUUCUUCGGAUUUUUUGGCUUUUCCAUAACUGUUAACCAACCAAAAAAUGUUCAAUGUAUAUUUUUUCCUCACUAGAAUGGAUUCCAUGUGGCAAGAGGGUUUUGCAUCCUUUUAACUAAAGGCCAAUGUCAUACAUGAAGUAUAUAAACAACUGAAGGGAAUAGGCAAAAUGGAUCCUGAGACUUUCUCUGCAUUCCCAAACCUAACAGACCCUUGGAUGUAUGAUGGCUUAAUCAUGGGAAAUGAGUCUACGAACAACACAGGAGGCAAGACUGAAAUCUUUACAGACCACAACUUUGACAAGACAACCACCAUGAUCAUCACAUUCAUGUAUUUUGUGGUGUGUGCAGUGGGGCUUUGCGGAAACACCUUGGUCAUCUACGUCAUCCUACGCUAUGCCAAGAUGAAGACCGUCACCAACAUCUAUAUCCUCAACCUGGCCAUCGCGGAUGAGCUCUUCAUGCUGGGGUUGCCCUUCUUUGCCAUCCAGCUCGCGCUUGUCCACUGGCCCUUUGGCCAAGUCCUCUGCCGCAUAGUGAUGACAGUGGAUGGACUAAAUCAGUUCACCAGUAUCUUCUGCCUGACAGUGAUGAGCAUCGACAGGUACCUGGCUGUGGUUCAUCCCAUCAAGUCCACCAAGUGGAGGAAGCCCCGCAUGGCCAAGAUGAUAAACUUGGCAGUCUGGGGGAUCUCUCUGCUUGUCAAUCUGCCUAUUAUUAUCUACAGUGGCUUGCUGACAAAGAACAACACAAGCAGCUGCACCAUAAUUUGGCCCAAUCCGCCAGAGGCCUAUUACACAGGCUUCAUGUUCUACACCUUCUUCCUUGGGUUCUUUCUGCCCCUGAUGGUCAUCUGCCUCUGCUACCUGCUCAUUAUCAUCAAGGUGAAGUCCUCGGGAAUCCGGGUGGGAUCGUCAAAGAGGAAGAAGUCAGAGAGGAAGGUCACGAGGAUGGUCUCUAUUGUGGUGGCUGUUUUUGUGUUUUGCUGGCUACCAUUCUACGUCUUCAAUGUCACCUCUGUGACCGGCACCAUUAACACCACACCCGUGCUUAAGACCACCUUCGAUUUUGUGGUGGUCCUGGGCUAUGCCAACAGCUGUGCGAACCCCAUCCUCUAUGCCUUCUUGUCUGAGAACUUCAAGAAGAGCUUUCAGAAUGUCCUGUGUCUCAAGAAGGUGGGAGGCCUGGAUGAUAUAGACAGGAGCGACAGUCGGCAGGACAAGACCCGGAUGAUGAAUGAUGCCACGGACACACAAAGCACACUGCUAAAUGGAGACCUGCAGACCAGCAUCUGAGUGAAUGGAGGAUUGCCAAGUUUAAAAUCUGUUUCACCCCCUCCCACCAUCAGUAUGGAAAUGGUUGAUUAAGUGUCAGAACUUAAGUGAUGGAAGACUUGCUGUACACUUACUGCACACAGUGUUCCUCUGGGACACUUUGAAGCCUUUGUGUCUGAUGCACCAAGCAACGGUGCACACCGAAGAAGCUGUGUCCAAUGUGAAUGGUCCUGUACCCUGUGGUUGUGUAAUACUUUUUCCCAAGGACAGUAGGAGGUUAUAGGUUUCAACACAGACGUUUUAACUUAUUUAGAAAGAAAGAUUAAUAAUUUAUUCACCCGUACUGCUUUUUACUGUUUAUAUGGAGAGGUGAGUCUUGAUCAUUCAGAAAUCACGGACUGCACAAUGAAAACUUCUUUCACCGAAUGUAAAGCAGUAAUAGCAAUUUUGGAAGUUUUGUCUUUCUAACAUUCAGAAAUAUUUAAGCAUUAUAGAGGUAUCUUAAAAAAAGAAUGUCAAUUUAAUAGAAAAAAUGCUCUCAGUACUGCAAAUUCAUUUAUAGAGAUAUUCAUUAUUUCUGGUUUUUAUCUCAGGCCCCUCUGUGGAAGACAAAAAUAUAUUUUUAAAUAUUUCUUCUAUUUUAAAGAAUACAGUAGCACUAUCACAGCAGAAGAGAUUUCCAACACUUAAAUAAGAAACACUACUGUAUCCAUGAAGUGGCUCUAAUUUCUACUGUUAGUAUCAUGGACAUCUGCAGGGUGCAGCAUUUUACUUUGCCUGUGGGUCUGUGUUAUGGUGCAUUGUUCUGGUUUAAUCUGCCACUGUUACUCAUACUGCUGAGGCGUGUAAUUCAGGUUAAAAGCAUUUGAUGAAACCUAGAAAGGGUAUUACCUUUUGACAACCAUUUGUGUUCUGUUGCUGCAGUAGGGCUGAACUUCUGUCUGUUAUCUGACACUUUUUUCACAAGACGUUAGAAUGUGCUGUCCUCUUGUUUUGUAGUAGAAAAUACUCUUUUUCGGGUGCACCUUACUUCAUUACCAAAGUUAGUUGCUCAUGUUGUGGAAAUCCACAUUUUUAUCCUGGGCAGGGGAUGCUACCUCCAGCCUGUGUUAGACAGCAGUGACCAUCUGGAAUUAUUAAACAUAACAUUGACGCAUUUCAAGUAUCAGCAAUUCAAUGUGCGUGUCCUGGUGCUGUUCUAUGGUUACAUGUAGCAGCUGAUUAAUUUUGCCAGGUGAUCCAAGCCUUUCGGCAAUGUACAAAUGAGCUCACCUGCUAUCUGGAUUCACUUCUUGAACCAGACUAACUAUACAACCAGUACUGCAAUGUGGAAUAACGUUUAUAUUAAAAUUCCAUUCUCAGUUAGGGCUGCUCUAAUUUGCCAUUAAUAACAAUUAACAUCUGGGAAAAUUAAAUCCCUAGUAAUUACACAGAACAGUAAAAACUGCAAUUCUCCUGUUAAAGCUGUAUAGAUGUUAUUUAAUCAUGAUCAUGUAUCUAAAAGCAAAGCAAUAGUAUUCUUUUUUUGACACAAAAGUUUUGGUUUUUUGUGCAUAGUUUUCUGAUGUUUGUCAAUAUAUUGAUCCAUCCCGAGCAAUUCAUAAAGAAAUGUUUGGAAUAAAUGUGGAGUGAUAAGUUACACUGUAUCCAUUAUUAUUAAAAAGCCUUUUUGUUAUUUUACAUGUACACUAUACAUAUAAACACAACUUUAAAAUGCGUAUUUAAAUUAAACAGCAUACGUGGAAAUCUUGAUUGUAAUUUAUACUGUCAACUGUUAGCUUUUAAUCCUUUAACUCUGCAGAAAAAUAGUAAUUAUUCUGUCUCUCAGAAUACUGAGGAACUUGCAAAGUAUUAUUAUAAUAAUGCUAAUGGAUGUGAUUGUUAAACAUCAAAAUAAAGGGCCUUCAAGAGAGAAUCAGGCUGGAAUAGAGGAUGGAAAUGUGCAAAGAAUUUAUCAAGCACAAAGUCAACAAAAAAUGUACUUUGAUAAAAAAGGAAUAAAUGAUGCCACAGGGCUUAAAUGCUAUUGAUACUAUACAAGUAGGCCACUUUAUUUCCUUUGAUAUUAUUGCUGUUCGUUGCUGACCUCUCCACAAAAGAUUGAAAAUAGAUGGAUUGUUGCUAUUGGUAAUAUACAUAUGGCUACAUUUCUAAAAAGAUGUAACCACAAACUUCCAUCUCCUGGCUGUGGGUGAACAUUCUCUUUUAAAAUCUUGUCCUAAAAAUGUAGUCUGUCCUGAGGUGACAAGUGUAAAAUACUUCAUGUAUAUAAAGCACUUGCAUGAUAAGUAGAAUUUGGUUAAUAUCUUACUGAUUUUCUGUUAAAAGAUGAGUUUAAACCAGAAGAAACUGAAAGUUUGGACAGGAAAAGAAACCAACAGGAAGACAAUGCCGAUUGUGACUCACUCUAUGAUGUACAGUAUAUUUACAUCUUUGUCUAGCUUUUGACUUUUUAUGGGAAGCUAGAAGUUUUAGGCCAUCUUUGCGGAUGUGGAGAGGCUGGCAAUGUGGAAAGAUGUUUUUGUACGAGCUUGUGUACUAAAGGUAUAAAAGAAUGUUCCAGCCCAAAAUGUGCUGUUGUGUUCUCAUGUCCCUGAGAUGGUCUCCUUGCUGUUACAGUAAAAAAAAACAACAGAAAGGAGAAAUGUUGAAGAACAUGACUUCCAUAGUUAUGUUAGCAUAGCUUGUUCUAGUAGAGAUCUAGUUCACUCAGUAAAAACACUUUGCAAGUUCAGUUCUCUUUCUCCUCCCAAUCCCUCUAAAAUUUGUGAAGGGCUAGAACAUGUACUCUUGAGUGCAGCGUUCCUACUUAACAACUAUUUGUCAACUAUUCUGCCGAACUUUGAUAAAUGGCAGGGACCUACAACUUGUAAAUUGUGCCUUUUAUUAUCUGGUACUCCUCCCUCAAGGAAAUCCAGAAUCAUCCUUUUUUUGUUUUGCUCAAUUCUCCCCCUUCCGCAUUGUUGCCUAUUGUUUACACAAUUAUUGUGUUUUUGUGUCUGGUAAUUAUCAUAAUAGACUUGAGAGUAUGACCUGUUUUCCUGCAUUCAUCAUUAUUCUGUUUCUCCGGCUACAUCCUGCUCAUGAGUUGGUGUAAAAUUCUUUACCUCUAAUUGUGAAAACAUGCUUAAAUUCUUUGAUUGUUGCAAGCAACAUAAGACUUUACACAAUAUGCUCUUUUCAUCUCUAGUAACUGAAAACAUUAAUGAUAAUGCAUUGCAUUUAAAUGCAUUGAUCUCCAUGUUCUGUCUUGAAGCUUGCUGUUCAAUAUCUGCUUUAAUGUAUAUGUUGUUUGUAUUUAUUGUUUAAUUAAUCUUUUUGAAAUUGCUUGUUAAUCUGCCUUUUUUU